AUGCACUUCACCGCCAGCGCGCUCCUGCCCGGCGCUGAUGGCGCACGCAAUUACACCGGCGAGAAUGACACUCUAAUGCCCAGGGACAGCUAUGUGACAAUGGGCGGCAACGCGGCCAACUUCAGCGACCCCGUGAGUAAUACAUCAGACCCGUUCGGGCGUAACGAGGAAGUGGCCAAAAUUGAGAUCACCGUCCUGAGCAUUACUUUCGUGGUGGCAGUGGUGGGAAACGUGAGCGUGCUCCUGGCGCUGAACAACAGCUCCAAGAGGAAAAAUAAAAGCUCCAGAGUUCACCUCUUCAUCAAGCACUUGAGCCUGGCAGACCUCGUCGUGGCCUUCUUCCAGGUGUUGCCCCAACUGUGCUGGGAGAUCACCUUCCGCUUCUACGGCCCAGACUUCCUCUGCCGGAUUGUCAAGCACCUGCAGGUCCUGGGCAUGUUCGCUUCUACCUACAUGAUGGUGAUGAUGACCCUGGACCGCUAUAUAGCCAUCUGUCACCCACUCAAGACACUGCAGCAGCCCACACAGCGUGCGUACGUCAUGAUCGCGUCCACCUGGGCGUCCAGCCUGGUGCUGAGCGCGCCACAGUACUUCAUCUUCUCCCUGAGCGAGAUCCAGAACGGCUCGGACGUUUACGACUGCUGGGGACACUUCAUUGAGCCGUGGGGCGUGCGCGCCUACAUCACCUGGAUCACCACCGGGAUCUUCCUGAUUCCCGUGGUGGUGCUGGUGAUCUGCUAUGGGUUCAUCUGCCGCAGCAUCUGGAUGAACGUGAAGUACAAGACCCAGAGGCGAGCUGCCGCGGCCGAGGCCCCGCACAGGAGCGGUCUGAUCGGCAAGGCGUCCGUGAGCAGCGUCACCAUAAUAUCCCGCGCCAAACUCAGAACCGUGAAGAUGACUUUCGUGAUUGUACUGGCAUACAUUGUGUGCUGGGCUCCGUUCUUCAUCGUGCAGAUGUGGUCGGUGUGGGACGUAAACUUCUCCUGGGACGAUUCUGAGAAUACUGCUGUCACGCUAUCCGCAUUGCUGGCGAGCCUCAACAGCUGCUGCAACCCCUGGAUCUACAUGCUCUUCAGCGGACAUCUGCUUUACGACUUCGCGCGUUUCUUCCCGUGCUGUAACAGACUUGGUCGCGCGUGCCGCAAGGAUUCGGACGGCAGCUUGCGCAGGACCACCCUGCUCACGAGACUGCCGGCCACUCGAAACCCAAACGAGGGUUCCGACACAUGGAAGGAUUGUGACAACUCGCGGAAGUCCAGCCAGUCACUGCCGAUGGAGGGAAACAGCAGGUGAACUGGUAGAGGCACACGAAUUGCGUUAUGACCUUAUGUGCUCAAUGAGAAAAAAACAUUUAAAGAAUAUCACCAAUACAUUGCUUUUCUUAGUUAUUUAAAUGUAUCGAAAAUAAACAAUUGUUGUAUAAGAAGCCCCGUUACAAGAACAACUCUAUCCAAGCCUGACCAAUAUCACCGUCACUUGCAUAAAGUAGAUAGAUAGAUAGAUAGAUACUUUAUUGAUCCCCAAGUAGGCCUAGCUGUUCAAUUCUGGAGAAGCUCGUGAUGUGAGCUGCCAAAAGAAAGGCAUACGCCGACCGCUCGUGCGUCUAGACAGACCAGAGCGAAUGUGUAAAUACGAGAAAAAUCCAUUCAAAACGUCUUCAACUGUGUGAACUGUGUACCUCGAACUUUGAAACCCUCGAGUGUUGUUUGUAUGCACUUCUGUAACAAAGCCCACCCUAACGUGGUUUCCGUGAUUGUUUGGACUGAAUAUGCUGUGGACGCAUUCUAUUGCACUUUUAUAUGACCGCAUGACUGUCAGGAUUAUUAGUGUUUUGCAUUUAUGUUGAAUGUUUUAUAUUUUGGCUUGUUUUGAUUGUUUCGUUUUUGUUUUCAGGGCUGUCCAAUGAUUGGUUGUCUCAACACACAUUUAGAGCAGCAAGUUAGCACUAAUAAUGAUAAUGUGUGUGUGUGUGUGUGUGUGUGUGUGUGUGCAUGAGAGAGAGAGAGAGAGAGAGAGAGAGAUGCUGGUUUGUGUGUUGAAAAUGUCAUUUGAAUCUACUAAAAAAAUGUUAUGAACAUGCCAGGCGUAUAAAUAUGCUAUGCUUUUAUGAUUAUGGUCAGUCAUACACAAACUGCCAGAAAGUAUCUGAGUCCAGAUGAAGAAUGUUUCUAUGAAAGCUUGGGGAUUAUCCAUUAACACUCCAAAUUAUGGACCUAUGACAUCAUGCUUCCUCCCCACUGAUCAAUCAUUCAAGUCGCCAAAUAAGACACAUUCCUUUGCUCACAUUAUACUAUGUGGUGUGUUUGUGUGUGUGUGUUUGUGUGUGUGUGUGCAUGCUUGCGUAAGUCACCAAAUAAGACACAUUCCUUUGCGCUUAUCUCAUCUGACACUCACCCUUGGUGCACUCUCUGUAAAGAAAUAUAUAUAAAAUGACUAUAUAAA